GGUAGCAGAGAAGAAGCUGUUCUUAAUUCAAGGAGACGAACCUCAACUGAUGAAUUGGGAGAAAUAUGGUCUAAGGAUCGGAGUACAAGAAGGAAGCCUAUUGUCCUCCGAGACAGUAGAAGCAGCAGUGGUUGCUCUUGUAGGAGGACAGUUCGAGUUUCCUCCUAAUACUGUCCUAGUGAGUGCUGUGUAUGCAGUAUCACUCUCAAAGCCUCUCCUCAAACGACUCAAGUUAGAGAUACAGCACUGCAUUGAUUUAACAGGACGACCAGAUCUUGCACAAUACUUGAAGUUUGCUAUAGCUCCCGUGAGCACACCCAGUCUUCCUUACCAGUUUUUAAUAGUCAAGGGAGGAGAGUUUAGCUCUAAUAGUGGGUAUGGAUCCAUUCAACGUAACAAGUUCUGUUUGAUCUGUAUACUGGGGGAAGAAUGGACUAAUGGAGACACAGAGGAAGGAGAGGAGGAACAGCAACCACAACAAGAGGAGAAUGAGGAGGAGGAAGGAGACAAAGAGGGAGGAGAGGGUAGUGACAGUGAUGAUGAUGAUACCAACAGUACUCCACCAGGGGCUAGUGGAGCAUGUAAAGAGUCUACUACUAAAGAAACUAACCUCCCAACCAAUACAGUGUCUGUUGCUGGUCCUACUACUACACCAAACAGUGAUCAUGUUAACAAAGUACAGUCCACUGGUGUAAGGAAAGCUGUAACAUAUGCUGGUCUAGUUUAUUAUGAAGAAGAUGGUGUAGAAGAUUUGGUGACAUUUACUGCAGCUAAGAAUUUGGAAACACUCAUUCAUUUUAUUGAGCGGAAACACUCUCAGGCUAGGACUGGACCAGAUAUUUCCUUUAGUUUCAAGCCUUCUUAUUAUGAUUAUGUUGAAUUAAACUUUGAUGCACCUCAAAAGAAACCAUUCACUGGAUGGACACUCACUCCUCACACUGAUCCUUGCAGAUUAUAUCAAGAGGCCAUUGAUAAAUUUGGUGAUAAAGAGCAUUCUCGUCCUUCAUGUUGUCUCAUAUCAGUUUACGGAUCACCUGAUGCUGUCCCUUUUCUUAAUUACUUCAUACCACUGGAAGGUGUGGCUCGUCCAGUUUCAUUAAAUAUUCAUAGAGCACGAAGAAAUUUCACUGUUCCUGUUCCUCCUUUAGCAAAUUGUACUACCUCCUCUUCUAAUACAAUUACUAAAGUUAUUGCAUCUUCCACUGGAGGAGCUAGUGCACCAAUUACUGUUGACGUUAAGAAAGUUAAGAAAAUCAUUAAUGAUGCCAUUGUAUCUCAUUAUGAUGAUCUCACUUCUCUACCUAAGGAUUCUGUCUCAGAUCUUGCCAAUAAAUUAUAUGCUGUUCGCCUCAUUAGUGAAAAAGUUAGAGAUACUUGCUCAAUGGAAGGAUUUAUUACAGAGUUCAAGGCUAGUCUUAGUUUUAAAAGGAAGUUACGUCAAGUGCAGGAGCACUGUCAAAAGUUCUUAGAUGCAUUCAUUGAUGUAAGAGGCAGUUGUGCUGAUGCAGCAAUAGCUUUAGGUGAGGACUGGAUUGAAGCUAUUAGAAAUGAACUGGGAUUUGAUUUUAAUAUUAAUUGUGAAGCAUAAUUUGACACGUCUUUUAUAAUGCUUUUUUAAUCAUUCAUCGCCCAAAUUUUAAGCUGACUUUAUAUUUUGUACAAUCUCUUCAAUUUUAUCAAUCAUAAUGUUUAAAUCUAGCUACGUAAUGUUCCACUCUUCUGGUCUAUAUUGUUCUUUCCUUUCACUCCAACUCUUUCAUUUUUCAUUGAAACUGUCUUCUUCUCUGAAUUUACAUAUUUCUGUCUAUCAUUCCUAAUAUACAAAACAA